CCACAAAAAAAAAAACCCCAGCAACGCAAGCACCUGUCUAUUUCUUCCAGAGAUUUAUACCUCCUCCUCCUCCUACUAGAUAUCUCCUCCUCGGAAUCUCCCAUUUUCUGAUUUCUUAUCUCUAUAUUUAUACGCAAAUCUCUCUCUCUCUCUCUCUCUCUCUCUCUCUCUCUCUCUCUCUCUAUAUAUAUAUACACUUUUGUGAAAGAUUGAUCAUUCAAUUUAUGUAUUGUGCAAUUUGAUCCAUUUUUCUCUGAUUUUUUUGGGGGGUAGAUUUUACUUAAAAAGUGUGUCUUAAUUAUUUGAUUGAAUAAAUCGGCCUUUGACUCAGUGAGAGCGAUUGAUAAAAUCACAAGUAACAGAGAUUAAUGGCGACUGCUGCAUCGGCGCCGGUGAACAAGAUCGAGAGGGCUCACCAGAUGUAUCGCGAAGGGCUGUACGAGGAGGCCUUGGGGUUCUAUACUGAAGCCCUUGGUUUGGCCAAGACCAAGUCCCAGAAGAUCGCCCUCCACAGCAACCGAGCCGCUUGUUUUUUGAAAUUGCACGAUUUCAAGCAGGCAGCAGAGGAGUGUACCUCAGUCCUUGUGCUUGACCAUGAUCACACCGGAGCAUUAAUGUUGCGAGCCCAAACUUUGGUCACACUCAAGGAGUACCACUCAGCACUUUUUGAUGUCAACAGGCUCACGGAGUUGAACCCAUCAUCAGAAGUGUAUCGAAACCUUCAAUCCCGUUUGAAGACACAAUUGUCACUUGCUCCAAUACCUGAAGCUGAGGCAGAGUUUGAAGAAGAGGAUGAAAAUGAAGAAGAGGAUGAAAGCAAAGAAGAAGCAGAACCAAAAAGAGAUGAGGAAGAAAUACACGAAGAAAACGAUUUGGUAGAUUCAGAAGUAGAGGUAGAUCAAAUGAGUGAUAGGUCUACUGAUGCUGAAGUUUCUGCCCCUCAAACUCAGAGCGUCAAGGGAACAUCUGAACAAAAUUCGAAAGGAUGGCAAACAAUCCCAAAACCCAAAGGACACUCACAACUCGACUACUCAAGGUGGGACAGAGUUGAAGAUGAAUCUAGUGAAGAAGAAGAUGAUGAUGAUGAUGAAGAAGAAUCUCAGCCUCAAUAUCGGUUCCGUGUGAGGACUGUUGGUGUACGACCAGUUAAGUGAAAGGGCGAAUGUAUACACUGUAAGGUCAUAUAAAUUGACUCUUCUAAUCCUCAAACCAUCCACAUGGUGUUGUAAGCGGUCUUACCAAAAGCGCCAGUGGGUUCAACUGCCUGAAGCUAUGAUUUGAAGCCUUGUGAGCUGCAAGAAAUCAUCUUUUAUGUGGAGAAGGAUGUGAAAGCUGUAAAAAGGGGCAAUUUGUGAGCAAAUUGAAGCAGACAACUUCUCAAGCAAGACACAGGGUGGUUAUUCCCAUUAGGAAACAAUUUAAUUUCUUCAGGCUGCCAAAACCAAGUGGAGAGACUACCUGCUAACAGUUAACCCUAGAAUGGUUGUCCAAUGUAUUUAUUAUGUGGGGGAUUUAAUUGCAUGCCUGUUGUUGUAACUGAUCGCAAUUUGUUAAUUGCCUUACUCUGGCUGCUGAUCACCCAUAAGAACAGAAACAAGAACUAGAAUCUUAUGACUGGUUUUGGUUGGUGUGACAUCUAUAUGAGUCCAAAAGCGUGAUCUUGGCAAUCAAGUGGAGGAUGAACUUCUAUUUCUUGAUUAUACACUUCUGGGGAUAUUUUAAAGCAGGAUUGAGAUUGUAUUAAUUGACUUUGGUUUGCAAUAAAUGUUUGUUUUUUGUGUGUUGAGUUU